AUGAAACAGGAGUUCAGGACCUUACAGGAGUUCAGGACCUCACAGGAGUUCAGGACCUCACAGGAGUUCAGGACCUCACAGGAGUUCAGGACCUUACAGGAGUUCAGGACCUCACAGGAGUUCAGGACCUCACAGGAGUUCAGGACCUUACAGGAGUUCAGGACCUUACAGGAGUUCAGGACCUCACAGGAGUUCAGGACCUCACAGGAGUUCAGGACCUUACAGGAGUUCAGGACCUUACAGGAGUUCAGGACCUUACAGGGGUUCAGGACCUCACAGGAGUUCAGGACCUUACAGGAGUUCAGGACCUUACAGGAGUUCAGGACCUUACAGGAGUUCAGGACCUCACAGGAGUUCAGGACCGUACAGGAGUUCAGGACCUUACAGGAGUUCUAA